UUGGAUCUAGAGGAGCAAAUGCUUCGUGGCCUUAGGCCUGAAGGAUGUCGGACUUACGGGCCCACUGUUGAGUUUCUGUCAGGUACCUUCCAACGACCAGUUAACUUUUUUGGCGUUCCAUUGCAAUCAAAGGACGAUACUUUAUUCGAGAUUACUCGGUCAGAAAAUUUGGAAUCUAAAUCUUUAUUUGCUCCAGAGCGCUUUAAUUUAUAUUCGGAGAGGAACGAAGGUGGUGAACCAAAUACUUUCAGUCAGAAGAUCAGUCCAUCUAAUUGGAUAGUCGACCCUCGAGAAUUUAGACCUCUAUCUGCUCGAGUCACUUUGGCUAUUCACAACCUUCAAGUGCAUCUACCAAUGGCUUAUAUUUAG